CACUGACUGGCAUUGAUAGGUGGCACUGACUGGCACUGAUGGGUGGCACUGAAAGGCAGCUCAGAUGGGCACUGAAAUGUGGCACUGAUGGGCACUGGCAGGUGGCAUGGAUGAGCACUGACAGCUGGCACUGAUGGACACUGACAUGUGGCACUGCUGGGGCUACACAGAUCAUCAGGCCACACUGAUCAUCAGUGCUCUGAUGAUCUCUGUCAGCGUGACAGCUCGUGGAGAGAGAAAUGCUGAUAACCGGCAUUUCCCUGUUUACAUGUGAUCAGCUGUGAUUGGACACAGCUGAUCACAUGACCGAGCUGA